AGAGAGAGAGAGAGAGAGAGAGAGAGAGAGAGAGAGAGAGAGAGAGAGAGGUCUGAUUUAUCUUUGUACUGACGGAAGAGUUGAGACCAGCUCUGCUUCUGCUCACCUCUCUUUUUUUUAUACAAGCAGAGUUUGCAUGCUGUAAAUAGCCCAUUGAGCCGGUUCCUCUUGCCCGUCGGUCCUGUUUGUUGUGUGGACACAGCCAAUGUCCCUUUAAGCGGUCCGAGGACAACAAAAGCAUCAGGUCCAACGCGGUGUUUCUUCUUCGGGGGAUUUCGAGUCACACGUUUAUCAGUCGCCAAUUCAUCCGUGCAGGAAAGCGAGCAGCCGCGCGUCCACCGACUCAUUUCGCCGUCGCCCCUUCCACACUUCCACGUCGCUUCUUUUUUUACAUUUUUUUUUUGUACCGAGCGACCAUGGCUGCUGUAACAAGCCCGGAGACGAGCCCUCAACCCCGGGUAUACUUCCAGACGCCGGGCGGCACCACGGAGGAGCCGGAGAUACCCGUUCGGAAGCAGGGACGCGUGACCGUCAAAUACGACCGCAAGGAGCUGAGGAAGAGGCUGAACCUGGAGGAGUGGAUUAUCAACCAGCUAACGGACCUAUACGACUGUGAGGAGGAGGCCAUCCCAGAGCUUGAGAUAGAUGUGGACGAGCUGCUGGACAUGCCCAGUGACGUUGAGCGGGGAGCCAGAGUCAAGGAAUUGGUGGUUGACUGUUUUAAACCGACUGAGGUCUUCGUCUCAGAGCUGCUCGACAAGAUCCGAGGGAUGCAGAAGCUCUCCACGCCUCAGAAGAAAUGAUGACGCCCCCCCCCACCCCCAAUCCCCCUCCUCUCAUCCCCACGUCCUCCCACCUCAACCCUCAUCUCUCGUCUUCCUGCCGUGCUUUCCGUCUUUCCGUCUUUCCAUUUUGAUGUCAGUCUUCUCCCGUUGAGUACUUUCAUGAAAUACUUUAACUAAACCUUGUUCCACCUUUUCCUCUCCGAACCCUCUUCCUGUCAUCCUCCCGGUCCGGAUCCGGUCUCCAUAAUUCGCUCUCAACCUUCCGUGAAGAAGAGAAAGUAAUAGUGAGCAGGGGGGAAACGACAACGAGGGAUUCAUUGGUCUUUAUCCAAGCACUCUCCUUCCGUCUCUCUUUCACCCCUGCUCCUCCUUCACCCUUUGUUUGGCUUCACUCCUCUUCCUCAUCCCUCCCUCAUACCAUCCUCCAUCUGUGCGGUGAGGAGAGGAGCAGAGACGAGUGAGACGAGGCCCAUAAUUACUCGAGAGUGCGGAGGCUGUGAGGCGGGAAGAGCAACGAGAGUCUACAAACGCCAAGAGAAGAGAAAAGAAGAGAGGGGGGGGGGGAACGACGAAGAGGAAAUGGCCAAUCAGCUUGAAGCAAGGCCUAAUCAUUGCGUUUUUGUCCCUCCCGAUGAGAAAGCUUAUUAGUUAUUUGCGAGGGGUUUAAACCUGUAAAACGAUCCAGCAGCCAACCUUUUUUUGAUACUUUCUAGUUCAGUUCGGUCAUGGGGACAUUCACUUGACGUUAGUUUUUUGUGUGUAACUUUUUUAGUCAGGGGCGGGUCCUGACAGUCAGUGACAUUUGCUUUCUGUGUGGAUCUGUGGAAAAAUCUGCACUAUGUCAUUUUGGGAAGAAAACCGUAACCCCUGACCACGGAGAAUAUUGUGCUCUAUAUCUUUAGUCCAACAAAAAGGGAAAAAUUGAUUCCUGGAAAUAGUGGUUGAACCUUAAAAAAAAGUCACCGGCUGGCUGUCGUACGGUCCAACCAGCGGACUAACGAUCUCGCCCUGAGGCUAGAGUAGAAGUAGGUUACGUUAGGCCGGGUGUGCUUGUGUAGAAAUCCAAUUAUUGGGGGAAACUUGUAUGUUUUUCUUUCCUCAGAUGCGUAGUGCAGUCGUAAGAGUGGUUCUUUAGAAGCCUGUGCUGUCCAGCCUGCACACGCAUAUGUGCGUCUGCGUGUUGCUAAAUGCGACGUGUGCGUGUUGCUACAUAAUGUACAGCAACAUUCAUGAUGGGAGGGGUGUUCCUGGUCUGUAUAUUCUGCUCUUCUGGUCGACAAAUCUUUUAGUAUAGGACUGGUUCCUGUUUGGUUUUUCUGGAUGCAUUUUGUCACACACACACACACACACUGACAGUCGGACAAGGGGACCCAGAACCAAGCUGCCUUGUUUUUUUAAAUGUUUUUGGUUUAUUUUAUAGCCUCUUUCUGUGUACCUUUCACACUUCGCUCCCUUUAUCUUCGGAAUGAUUCGGUCCACCACGUAGUUUGGUGUUUGGCAGACGUCAGCUCAGAGCGGUCACACAUGGGAACUGGAAAUGUCUUUGGAGCUCCGUGUUGUUGGCGAGACUUUGUAACGUCCUCUGGCUGUCGAUAGACCCACCAAUGAGACGUCUGAAUGGGAGGGAUGGAGGCCACUGACUUACACUGAAGCUGUCGAAAAGCAUUCACCCUUCCUUUUCUUCUAUCUCUCUCUCUCUCUCUCACACACACACACACACAGGCCAGCCCUGGGGCGGAGGAAACGGAAACGUAUUAGCAAACACAGCUGCCUCUUACACAGAUGUGCACACACACACACACACACACACCAAGUGCUGAGAGAGAAAAGGGGAGAGAAAGAAAGAGAGAGACAGACAGGUCCGUAGCUGUCACAAGAUCCGUGUUUCCCAGCAGCAACUACCAAUCAUCUCUCAGAAUAAGCCAGCUGUGUCUCAUUCUGAGCCAAUCGGAUCAGAGACUGAAGCCAACAGGCCUAUUGGAGGAGCCGUGGCGUUUGCUAUGAUUCCGGCCACCGAUUGUGAAAGCAGACCUGUCUGUCUCUCUCUCGCUGUCACUGCCAACACACACACACUGGCCCAUUUCUAUCUUUCGUCUUUUCUACCCGGCAUCCCCUCUCUCCUCCUCCCUCUCUCCUUUCUUCAGUUUCCUUCUUUCUUUGGUUUUUAAACAGAUGUUGCCUUAGGUAUUAUUUAUGUCACACAAACCAAAUAAACGGGAGACAUUCAUUUUUUUAAAGGUUACGCAAACUGCUGAAGACGAGUGUGCAGCGUGUGGAGAACCUUGGAACUUCUGUCGCUCCUUUUCUUUCUUUCUUUUGGAAAAACAAAAUGAGAUUCUGUUUUGUUUGUGGUUUUUUUUUUAGAAGUGAGUGUUUAAUACUUAGGCCUUGAUAAAGUGAUUUUAAUUAGAUUAAAUAAUGUUCUUUACAUUUACCGUUUGAAUACUGGUCUGUUUUUAUUGUGCUCAUGACACUUCUUGAUGCCCGGCCUUGGAUUACCACGUAGUAGAACAACAAAUCCAUUCAGAAUCACUGUGGUGCGAUUGCUUUUGCCUUCCUGGUGGAGUUUCCCCAAAUCAUGCAUGCUUUUUUGGAGGCAUCAGAUUGUACCAGGCAAGCUCAAUCAAUAGGUGAAUUUGAGUGGAUUUUAAUUCCUAAAUCCGGGGUUUGGAUUAUAUCUUCUUAGACUGCUAUUGAAAAGUCUGUUUUUUUACUGUUGGGAAAAAUUGCAAAAAAUAUAUAUAUACCGAUUAUCAUCAUUGAGGCUAAAUACAGGAGUUCAACCAUGUGGAUUGAAGGAGAUGUUUUUUGGACAAUGAUUUGAUUAAACCAACAAACAAAUGUAGCAAUAUCAACAACAGGUCUUGUUUUUGCCCAAUUUUGUUACACUUUUAUGCAACUUUAAUAAAAACAUGUAAAAUGGA